CUGCACUACUACUAGUACAUGUACCUUUAUCCUCUGUGACUUGACAUCUGUAUUGACAGUAUUGCCCGCGCAUUUGGAAAAACCGUCACACACUCCUACUACACGCACCCUUUCUUCGAGCUCCCAACACCUUCCGAGCCACAUACCAACCCAUCUUCACCAACUUCAGACCCUUUUCCGUCACAUCAUCCACCAUGGGUCAAGGCGUGCACAACCUGCAAACCACUGCGGAGUACAAGACCGCCAUGGACGAGAAGGACGUCCUGCAGGUCAUUGACUGCUACGCGACCUGGUGCGGUCCUUGCAAGGUGAUUGCGCCACAGGUCAGCAAAUUUGCAGACGAAUUCCCCGCCGCCAAAUUCUACAAAAUCGACGUCGAUGAGCUCCCAGAGGUCGCGCAGGAGUUGGCCGUUCGCGCCAUGCCUACUUUCUUGCUCUUCAAGAACGGCCACAAGGUCGGUGAGGUUGUCGGUGCCAACCCACCUGCUCUCAAGGCUGCCAUUGAGAAGGCCUUGUAGGUGGAGAAAGGAGAAAGACAUCUGCGAUACGAAUUGGGCAUAGAGAAGGUGCGAGACGUGGUGGAGCGCACACGCCAGUGAGAGAGAUACCAUAAUACCACUACCACUACCGGGUGGGUGGAUACGUGGGCGGAUGGAUAAGUUGACGCAUUUUCGGUCCCGAUCGUACGGUCGCGGAGGACAUUAGAUGAAAAUCGAAAUGGAAUUGAAAACAUCAAGCUCUCAAUCUCUUCCUCUCUCUCUCCCUCUACCAUCAUAUUAUCAUGAUGAUCAUCGUCAUCAUCACCCGAUAGCGAUAGGUAGCAAGCAAACCAUGACCUAACAGCCAAACCAG